GGCAGUUGAAUCUUCAACAAGUUCUUGAUUUUAUUUCAUUUUUUAGGUUGUCUCCCUUGGUUCUUGUCUUCAUCAUCUCUGGUUGCUCCUCUUCAGGUGUGCUGAAAUCACACAUAUUUUUGGGGAUUUCCUGACCUGCAACUACAAUGGCGAGUAAUCCGUCGAUGUUUGCUCCAAUCGGGGCGGAUGGCAUGUCCGGCGGCUACUUCAUGGCGGGCGGCGGCGGCGGCAUGAUGAGCGCCGAUGCGCCGCACUUACACCCCAGCGUGCUUCUUGAGCACGGCGGCUUCGGCUUCGGCUUUGCCGACGGUGCGGUCGGCGGCGCCGCGACGGCGUCGGACCUGGGCGCGAACUACGCGGCACACAACUCCAUGCUGGCCUCCUUCGCCAGCCAGCUCUUCCCUACCGCCGCCGCGCCGCCGCAUGAUGAUCAUAUCGGCGGGAGGACGCCGCCAGAGGAGAUGGACGAGGGGUAUGCAGCUGGCAGCUGCGUUGCGGCGAGCCUGCAGUGCCCCGGCCACUCGGGCGCCAUGGCGGUUUGGUCGUCACCGGCAUCCAAGAAACCGGCCGGCACUUGGAGUAGCGCUGGCGGCUCAAGAGCCGUUUCGGUCCACGAGCCGCGCCAUAUCGCCGGACUCCCCGACGUUGCCGGUUUCCACUACCCGCUUAUUGCCGCCGCCAAUGCACCUGCGUCGAGCGAGCUGUCGCUGACCCUGUGCUCCAAGUCGUCCUCGGACAGCGCGCUGAACGCCGCGGACCAGUUCUCGUCGGGAGGGAGCCGCUCCGCGCUGACCGAGCUGCCGCAGGCGCUGUACCCGCGAGCGCGCCCCAGGCCGGCGCACUUCUCCGUGGUGGUGGCGCGCUCGCAGUACGCGGCCGUGGCGCAGGAGGUGCUCAACGACGUCGUGGGCCACAUGCUGGACGGCGUCGCGGACGUGGCCGCCGACUCGUGCAGCGGCGGCGCGAGGCCGUCGAGCGGCUCGGUCGGCGCGCCGUCCGUGGUGAGCUCCAACCGGCUCAUGGCCUCGUCCGAGGACGGCGGCGAGGCGCAGAGGGUCAAGAGCGACCUCUUCAAGAUGCUUCAGCUGAUGGAUGAGAAGUACAACCAAUGCUUGGACGAGAUCCAGAGCACGGCGGCCAAGUUCAACGCGCUGAUGCAACCAGGCGCCGUCAGCAACGGCAGCAUCCGCGCGCCGUUCGCGCACCGCGCCGUGUCGGCGGUGUACCGCGGCAUGAGGCGACGGAUCGCCGAUGAGAUCAUGGCGGCGGCGAGCCGGGCCGCCUGCUGGGGCGAGUCGUCGUCGUCGGUGACGGCCGCCGGCGACGCCGACAGGAGCUGGGAGUCGGCGUUCAUCAAGAAGCACUGGGCGGCGCAGCAGCUGCGGCGCGGCGAGCAGCAGUGCUGGCGGCCGCAGCGCGGCCUGCCGGAGAAGUCCGUCGCCGUGCUCAAGGCGUGGAUGUUCGAGAACUUCCUGCACCCGUACCCGAAGGACCAUGAGAAGGACGUGCUGGCUUCAAGAAGCGGCCUCACCAGGAACCAGGUGUCGAACUGGUUCAUAAACGCCCGCGUCCGUCUGUGGAAGCCGAUGAUCGAGGAGAUGUACCAGGACCUGAAGAAGAGCUCGGGUGUUGGAGGGCAGGGGGCGGCAAUGGAGCCCCACACGAGCAAGCGUCGAAUCUGCGAGGUAGAAGAAGGCAAGUGAACUCCUUAAUCCUGCAUCAGGAGCUUUUCUAGCACCCAGCUCCUGCCAUGCUGCCAUUGAUCUACUAUUUGGCCCUUGUAAUUUCCUUCUGUUAUGUACAUAUCAUUGUCAAUGCCAGCAUUUCCAAAGAGAUCAUCGUCAGAGCAUCCUGGUUAAUUCACUUGGAUGAGAGACAGGGGAAUACUGCUGAAUAACUUGAGCAUGUACCCCUGUCGUCCAGUUGGUCAUUCAGGAGGUGAUUCUAAUCGGCAAUGUGGGCAGUUUCAGAAACAGCAGAUUCCAUGCUUGUUUGU